CUACUUUGUAUUUGUUUUUAACAGGUUGUUUGAUCGCUUUGGAAAAAAAGGGGACUGGUUCAACUGAUCCUGUGACUCGAGCAUUCAAGAUCAAGCGCUGCAAUAGAUUAAGCAAGGAAGUGCCGGGGAGAUGAAAUCGGAUGGGGUUGCCACAGCGACAAUGGAACCUGAAGCUGGUAUUGGGGUGGAGCCUGUGAUUGAGGCAGCACCCCCAGGGGAAGAGCAACAGCAGCAGCAGCCUCCUCCACAGCCAGAGAACAAGUCUGCCACUGAGGAAACUACUCCCCCUGCUGAGGAGGAGGUGAAUGACAAGGUCCCUGUCGCCCACGUCAAACCCAAGACCAAAGGUGCUCCAGUCAAGGGGAAACCUGGUGCUGCAGCUGGUAAGCCUACUGGGACCACAGGAACGUCUAACAAGACCGGUACAGCCCAGCAACGGACCAGUAACGGAGAUCGGAAAACAGUUGCCAAUGGAUUGGCCAAAAAAACGGCGGUGGCGGCAGCAGGAGUUGAAAAGAAAACCGUCGCUCCUGCAAAGAGGCCUGUUGGCGCGGCAACAUCCAAAGCGGCUGAGAGGAAGCCAGCCGCAGCCAGACCCGCCACUGCACCCGCCUCUUCCAGUGCCGCGGCCAAUGGGGUGAAGCAGCCUCCGACGAAGAAGGUGGCGACUCCAACUGGGACAACCGCUGGCGCGAAAGUCCGGCCCAGUACUGCGGGUCCUAAACCCAGUACAACAGUGCAGCCGUCAAGAGCAACACCAGCAGCUAAAACGGAGAAAGUGGCGGCUCCCAAGACAGCCAGACCUGCUGCUUCCUCCCGCCCAGCAGCCAGUGCAGCUCCCCGACCCGCCCCAGCCAGGGCUGGAGUUUCAGCGCCAUCUAGUUCCAAGCCUGCUGCAUCGCAGCCUAGCAAGACAACCACUCAACCAAGCAGGACAACUACCCUGCCCAGCAAGACGGUCUCGGCUCCUGCCAAAAAAGAUGUCACCAGACCGUCCACAACCGCCUCCAAGAGACCUACAACCACCGCUGCCCCGGCAAAGACGGCUGCAGUGAAGCCCAUCAGAACAGAGCCAGCAAAGGUGACCCCUGCUGCUGCUCCUGUCGUGAACAAGAACGCGGACCCCAAACGCUUGCCCUCAACUCCCAAGGCGACUGAGAAAGUAAAAUUGAAACUGGAUUCGAAAACCCAGUCUCCGUUAAAGAGUGCCGGCAGCCCUCGCAAUCCCACCAAAGCCGGGAUGAUGAAAACAGCCUCCCCCAGCCCUAAGAAACCCAUUGGGAGCAGCGCUCCAGUGCCGGUUAGGAGGCUGGGGACCAAGCCCACGCAGUCAGUUCAGCCAAUCAUGACUAGCGCGGAAUCUAAGAAAGGGUCCAAGGCGACGCCUGCUUCUGCUGUGGUUGCUGUCGCAGCUGAUCCUGCAACUGAACCAACGAAGAUGCCCCACCUAGACCUGAAGGAGGAGGUGGUUGUUCCACAGAGCGCUGUCGAAAGCCACGUUAGCCCGACCGAGGAUGCUACAGUGCCGUCUGUGCAAGCUGUUCUCCCUUCUCCUGGGGCCACAGCCAAACAGGCGGUUGUUGCCGAGGGAGCUUCUUCAGAAAUGCAUGAUGUGCCUGCAGUAGAGCUUGAGACCACAAAUGACGUUCCCUUUGCUGGAGAGAAAGGAAAUGCAGCUACUCUUCUUUCUCUAAGCGAGACGGUUGUCCCCGAGCCUAGUGUGGAGGAGACGGCUCUUGCAUGUUCUGAAAGCCAGGAGAAGGCUUUGGCUGAUGAACCAGUGGUGGAAUCCUUGUUCCCAGAAGAACCAAAAGAGGUCCAAGUGAUGCCUGAACAAUAUUGGGAACACCAAGAAUUUAAGUUGGAGACUCCGUUGUGUGAAUCGGCAUUACUGGAGAAGAAAGAGCAACCAGAAACGGAGGAGGAGGAGGAGGAGGAGGAAGAGAUGCCCCCUUCAUGGGGUGCAGAAAGAAAAGCAGUCGUGCCAACUGACAACAUGGGAGCACAAAAAGACAAGGGCGAGAUUGAAAAAGCAGAUGCAGAAAUUAACGAAGAUGACGAGAUUCGGUCAGAAGAAGAUUUUAGUCACUCUUCGGUGUCAGAGAUGGGAGAGUCCCAGGCCACCGAAGAGGGGUCCAAGACGGUGGCAGAGCAAACCGAGUACAUGGAAAGGAGCGAACCCUCCGGGAUAGACAUGCACCAAGGGUUGACUUCCGAAAUGGACUCUGAAGAUGUUAGCCAGCCCUGCAUGUCCGAACUGAGCGCACCGCAGUCGGACGCUGGACUUCUAGAAGGAAUGGAAAGCAUGGAUGAUUUGAGGGAGGUUGGUCGUGGUGCUUCCCCUGAUAUUGAAGUGGCUCUUGAUGUUCAACAAGACUACUUCCUGCAAGAAAGAGGCGCUGCACAUCCUGUUAACGCUUCGGAAGACCGGGACUAUGAUAUGGAUGUUGGAUCGGAAAAAGUUGACCCUGAAAGCACAGAGAAUGUCGAACACGAGGACGAUGAAGAUGUAGAGAUGGUGAGCGAGGUCGUUACAGAGAGUGGGCUGGAAAGUUAUGGAAAUCCUGAUGAAGAUGACCUGGUGGAAGAGAUGUCACGUGAUGUGGACCUUAAGACCCCUGAUAACUUGAACUUCUUGAGCGCUACCACUGCGGUGGAUUUUGAAGUGCCAGAGCACACUGCCCAAGCAGUCCAGCCUCCGGCAGAAACUGAAGUACCGGAAAAUAAUUUGUCUGCAAACAAUCCCUUUGUUUCUUUCACUCCUGAAGCUGACGCAAGUCCUGUGCGAGAAGAGACUGCUGGAUUUCAACUAAAUUCUGCUGAAAAUAUAAUGGACUCAUACAAUACUGACUUACAAGAGGAUACUACGUUCAGUGCCCCUAAUAUGGAAGCUGAGCCGCAGAGUGUGGAAACUGUAUUGUCAGAAAAAGGUGCAAGCGAUUCCGCUUGCAUGGGAGUUGAGUUCAACUCAAGUCCAGAUGAACUGCCUACUCCUGUAUGUGAGACCCCAACGGAACAAGAACUGCUAUACUCCAUGGCAGCCAAGCCUCAGUCUUUGCCAGUUGAGUCCCUGGCGGAGCUGUGCAAACAAGCAGAGCCUCACAAUCCGCCCAAGACAGAGAAAGAGGCGGCACCUGGUAGCCCCCAAGAGGAGGCCGACAAACUGCCCUUUGAGAGCCCUGCCUCUCCCCCUGAGAGGGAGCCAGAGAAAGGACUGUCAAAAUCAAGCACCCUGAGUGGCCCAGAGCUGGCUGCCCAAAGCAGCAGCGAGACCAGCACUCCAGAGGAGCUGAAGGAUUACAACAGCAGUUCUGGGGUUGAAUCUAAAUCGGAAGAGAAGCUUGGAGGAAUUCAGCUUCAUCACCAGAUUAUCAGCCCGCUGGAGGACCUCCCGCUGGACCAGGAUUUGGGGAUACAUCUAGAAAAGGGGGAUGAGGAGACAGAGACCCUCCCCGCUGAUGACAUUUUGGGUGAUCCCCCAACAGAGUCUGUUGCAUCUUCUGAGGAGGUGACCGAAGAGGACCACUCUGACACCGAAGGGGAGAUUCUGAUUAACGACCCAGGAGUGGUUGGAUUCAUUGGGAUCGACAACAUCGCUUUUGAGGAGACGGGGAAGAAGUUGACGGAGGAGGAAGCCGUUGUGGUUCCCGACUGCAAACUCCCAACCGAGCUCCAGUCCGUAGAGGAGUACGAGGAGCAACAUAUGAUGUCCACCGAUGCUGGCGGGCCAGACACCCCGCAUUCGACCAAUUCUGUGGCUUCGUACGCCUUUGACUGCACUUCCAAUGCCCACUCCAUGACAGAAAGCUGCAGCAAGAGCCCUGGUAUCUUCUCUCUGGAGAACGAAGAUCAACUUCUGGAGGAAAGCAAGGACAACACCUUGAUGAAGGAACUGAAUCUCCAGCAGGUUGAGGAGCAGACACAGAGGGCUGUUCCAACAGCUCCUGACUCCAAAGGAAUGGACUCUUACCAGAACAACAAAGACCGCAACGUGGAUCUCCUGACCUUGGAGGACACCUCUCCCUGCGAGACUGCCCCGCAACUACCAAAGUCCGGGAACAAGGGAGACUGCGAGUACAUGUUUUGUGUGACGUCGCCGUUUCCGACUCUGCUCGGAAACCUGGAUACAGACUGUUCCUCUGCAAACCCCGGCAUGCCAAACAUGAUCAGUGACUUGCCAAGUGAGGAAUCCGAUCGGGAUUCCCCUGACCAUGCACUUAACUCUCCAGCGGCUUCGCCAAGUGAUGGGGACCAUGCUCCACCCUACUACUCUGCUAUUUGUGAAACAACUGAUAGCAUGCUUACAGGUAACGUAUAGUAAUGCAUUUGGGGAAUCUCCCAUUAGACCAGUGCCACCCUUUAUAAAAGCUUAAAAUCUUGUAUGUGCAAUAGCUGCUAGAACCUACCCUUGAAGAAUAACACUACAAUACACUUAAUCAUUUAGCUCCUGUGGAUUGGAAGACGUUUUCCGUGAAGCCCUUAAUAGAACUAUUAAAGGACUCUCAUCUUGUUGUAUAUUCCUUCUGUUUUUAACCUGAGACUUUUCCCUUUUUAUAAUUUUGUUUUUGUAUGUGCGUCAUUGGAAUGUGUUACACCUCUUUCAAACUUAAGGGAUUUGUACUCUUCAUUUCCUGUUUUGUUUGUUUAUUGGGGGGUGGAAUUUCAAUAUAUAGCUUUAAAUAAAAGUAGAUAUUUAAUAUGCA